AUGGGUAUAAUCAGGAGGAAAAGACGCGAUAAAGAGCGAAGGCCGACGUUUAAGAAUAUUUUAACGUCAAUAUUAGCUACACAGGCCGCAAUAUUCCUCUUGUUGCUCGCCGGUGUAUCCCUCGCUGGCACAGCCGUCGCAUUUAUUGCUACCAUGCCACUAUUCGUAGUAUUCAGUCCUAUUCUUGUACCAGCGGGUAUAGCCAGUGGUUUAAUGGCGACGGGUUUAGCAGCCGCCGGUGGCUCUGGUGCUAUGGCUGUCACCGUCAUCUUGUGGCUUUACAAGCGAGCAACGGGCAAGGAGCCGCCAAAAUUACUGUCAAAAGUCUUGAAAAGGGUGUUUUCUGGUGGAGGUGCUGCAGCUAAACUGGCUGCAAAGCCAGAAGCCGAGCAAGCUGGCCAAACAGCAGCCGCACCGAGUACAUGA